GGUUAUGCCUCUCUUCAAUACAGAACUGCAGAUGCAGACAAUUACUUCCCUCUGUGACGCAGAGCACACUUAGGUCAGGGGGAGUGUGUGUGUGUGUGUGUUCCUCUGCUUGUGUGUGUGUUCUUCUGCUUGUGUGUGUUUCUCUUAUUGAGGGGGUGAGGCGUAGAGUACCGUAUGAAGAGAGGACAGUCUUCAUGAGGUCUUAAAUAGAGACAGCAGUGUUGAACAUCACAACUAGCUGCUCUUCUGUGAAGGCGCGGGAUGCUACUGGAGCUGUAGUCUGAGGGUGUGUAGCUGUAGUCUGAGGGUGUGUUGUUGAGAGCCAUGUCUGUGCUGAACCCAGUGGAGUGGCUGCAGCCCAGCAGAGGUUCCCCCAGGCUGGUGCUGGUGGUGGUGUGUGUAGCUCUGCUGCUGGACAACAUGCUGCUCACUGUGGUCGUGCCCAUCAUCCCCACCUUCCUAUAUGCCAUAGAGCACGAAAGCCAGACACUGCCCCCCCUCCAGCCAAGCCCAGCGCUCUCCCCCACACCACAGGCCCCUGGGGGGGGCGCUCUCUCCUUGGUCCUCUCCCUCUAUGACAACACCACCUACAACCUGUGGGGGCCUGAGACCAGCUCACCCGGCAACCUCUCCCAGGAGGAUGAUGGCAGCACUAACUCCACCCAGGCGGGCUGCCAGGAGGACAGCCAGUUCCUGGAGGAGGAGAAUGUGCGUGUGGGCCUCCUGUUUGCCUCGAAGGCCCUGGUGCAGCUGCUGGUCAACCCCUUUGUUGGUCCUCUGACCAACAGGGUUGGAUAUCAUAUCCCCAUGUUUGCUGGGUUCCUCAUCAUGUUCGUCUCCACCAUCAUGUUUGCCUUCUCAGGAACAUACGCCUUGUUGUUUUUUGCGCGGUCUCUUCAGGGAAUCGGUUCCUCAUUCUCCUCUGUGGCAGGUUUGGGCAUGCUGGCCAGUGUUUACACAGAUGAUGAAGAGAGGGGCAUCGCCAUGGGGAUCGCUCUGGGAGGACUGGCCAUGGGAGUCCUGAUUGGAGCUCCGUUUGGCAGUGUGAUGUAUGAGUUUGUGGGGAAGCGUGCUCCGUUCCUGAUCCUGGCCUUUCUGGCAGUGUUUGAUGGAGCCUUACAGCUCUGCAUACUCCAGCCAUCCAAGAUUUCACCUGGGAGUGUUGAAGGCACCCCUCUCCUGACCUUGCUAAAGGACCCCUACAUUCUCAUCAGUGCAGGAUCCCUGUGCUUUGCCAACAUGGGCGUGGCCAUCCUAGAGCCAACCCUGCCCAUCUGGAUGCUGCAGACCAUGUGCUCCCCAAAGUGGCUGCUGGGCAUGGCCUUUUUACCCGCCAGCAUUGCGUACCUCAUCGGCACCAACCUGUUUGGGCUGCUAGCCAAUAAAAUGGGAAGGUGGCUGUGCUCCAUGAUAGGCAUGCUCAUCGUAGGGAUCAGCCUCCUGUGUGUGCCCUUUGCCACCAGCAUCUACGGUCUCAUUGGUCCAAAUGGAGGCCUUGGCUUCGCUAUUGGUAUGGUGGACUCCUCUAUGAUGGCCAUAAUGGGAUACCUGGUAGACAUACGUCAUGCCUCUGUCUACGGCAGUGUGUAUGCCAUAGCUGAUGUAGCUUUGUGUAUGGGCUUCGCUGUUGGUCCCUCCACAGGGGGCGCUCUCGUGAGAGCCAUCGGGUUCCCCUACCUCAUGGUGCUUAUCGGCAUCAUCAACAUCCUGUACGCGCCUCUCUGCUUCUUCCUCAGGAACCCAGCCGUGCGUGAGGAGAAGAUGGCUAUAAUCGACCAGGAGUGUCCCAUGCACAGGAAGAACUACAACACGACACAGAGAGAGUGUCGUGAAUUUCCUCUGAGUGAUGCAAGCGAAGAAGAGACAGAGGAAUGACCUGGACCGUAACUACUCUCACGAACACACGCAAAACACACUUGAACACUCACAGACUAAAGAGUGUGCAUGUUGGUGUUUCAGAAAAAUAUUGUUUAAAAACUGUUGACUACAACUACAACGAUGGUGCCAAAAACCGUAACUCACAUUAUUGAUGAAAAUUGAACCUUUAUGCUAUGUCAGACAAAGACGUACUGUUUGUUUGUGAGUGUGUGUGUGUGAUAUCAACCCGCCCUACAAACAGUCAUUGGAAACACUGUUUUUGUACAGUAGAAAUAGUCAUCCUCGUAUCCCUCCAAACUGUACUAUUAUUUUAUUUAACAUCUAAUGGAACAUAUACAUACACCAUCUUCCAUACUCAAGUGAUGUGCACCUUGUUCCAUUCCGCCAGACUGUUAAUUGUCCUGUCAGAUUGUUCUUAUUAUUGUACCAUGUCCUAAUGUAAAUGUAACACAUGUGCAGGCUUUGCACAUAAUUAAA